AUGGCCGGUCUGUUGGUCCGCAGUCUGAAGAGGCGUUUCAACACAUGCCAGAUCCUUUCUCUACGCCAGACCAACGCGCUCUUUCGACCGUUCGAUUCCUCCUCGACAAUGCCAACAAACCCGUUCCUCUACGAACAUGUUGACAAUGUCGAACGACUAGAUUUUUAUCGCACAGGGGGGUACAACCCCAUCCAACCCGGCGACCGUCUCGACGGAAGGUACCGCGUGGUGCACAAGCUCGGCUACGGCACUCACUCAACCAUCUGGCUUGCCCGGGAUGACCGGCAGGUCAAAUACGUCGCUGUAAAAGUGGGCACGGCCGACUCAGAUGAGAAGGAAGCCGACAUCCUGAGUCGGAUCGCUGAUCUCACUGGCGAAGGCGAGGGCCGUGAAAACGCUCUGAUCCCCCCGGUCCUUGACCGCUUCAGCAUCUCUGGGCCCAACGGAAGACAUCCCUGCUUCGUCACCACCCCUGCGAGGUGCAGUCUUGCUGAUGCAAAAGGAGUGUCUGCAUGUGGCUUGUUCCAACUCGACGUAGCCCGGUCACUUGCCGGUCAAGUUGUCACGGCGGUUGCGAACACCCACGACAAGGGCUACGUUCAUGGUGACUUGCACUUGGGAAACAUACUUCUCCAAUUGCCAUCAAGGCUUGAUCGUCUUUCGGAAGAGCAGCUGUACGGCGAAUUCGGGUCUCCUGAUCCUGAGCCUGUUCGCAUGGCAGAUGGGAAACCACUCGCACCCGGCGUCCCGUCGCAUGUGUUCUCUCCGGUCUGGCUUGGAGAAGCAAGCGAGAAACUAUCGGUAUUAGAAGCGAAGGUACUGGUUGCAGACUUUGGCGUGGCUUUCUGCCCGGGGCAAGAGUCGAGGUUCGAGUCUUACACACCACUAGAGAUACGGCCGCCAGAGGCCCGCUUCGAGCCCUCAAAGCCCCUAUCCUUUGCCUCUGACAUAUGGAGCCUUGCGUGCACGAUCUGGGCGAUACUCGGACAGCGGCCGUUUCUCGACACUUUUCUCAUCUCCCAAGACGACGCCACGAGCGACCAGGUCGAUGCCCUGGGACCUUUGCCGCCUGAAUGGUGGGAGAAAUGGGGGACGCGAUCGCGCAGGUUCGCCGGCAACGGAAAACCCAAGGAAGGCCGCCUCGCAUGGUCGUGGGAUCAGCGCUUUGAAGACAGCAUCCAGGAGCCCAGACGCGAUGAGGGCAUGGAGACGCUUGACGAGAGGGAAAGAGAUGCCCUCUUCGACAUGGUUCGUUGGAUGCUUGCGUUUCGUCCUGAAGACAGGCCGAGUGCUCGUCAAGUUCUAGAGACGGCGUGGAUGAAGAAUUGGGCGAUCCCCGCGCGUGACAAGACUUGGGAGCGAUGA